AAUGUAGCUAGCUAACGACGUGCUCGUAGGUGUGUAAAAGCAAGCUAAUGCUAAUGGUUCUAACUGAUUGCCUUCAAAGGAAUCAACAUUUGCUUAUUUUAUUCAAUGCAGGGUGCAUGACUUUAGAGCCAGACUGCUAGCAUGAAACUUGUCGUUGGCUAGCAAAUCAAUAACAGUUAAUUUUAUGGUUGGGUGGGGCCCCCUGUGGAAGGUGAUUUUUCUAUCCGACUAACGUUAGUAGUAUCCACUUUGCCAAUCACGACCGUGCAGCCCUCUUCCAUAACCAGAUUUGCUCAAAUUAAAUAUUCACUAACCAGCUAUUCGGCUAGCUAGUUACUGACUUGCAAAACCAACUAUGCUAAUCAGACUUAAAUUAUUUUACAUCUGGUUGGUUUAGCCGGCUUGAUUAAGGUUGAUAUCAGGCCGAAGCAGCUGCCCCACAUACGGAGACAACUGGCUACAAUGACAUCUGGAUAUUUUAUGACCCGCUGGUUGUAGUGUGCCUCUGGGGCAAGUGGGAUGGGGGAACCUAAAAUGUCUGUUAUCGUGAAAAUCGAUCAAUUGAGCUUUCACCAGGUUUACAUUUAUGCAAGCACAAGGCAUGUAAAUGAAAAAUAUAUAGUUUUAAUUGUUAAUCUUAGCAGAAGGUAUUGUUUUUUAAAAUCAUUAUCUCAAUGCAGAGAAGCUGCCAUUUUAAAGAUGAUUUCAUUCUUUAAAAAUCCUCACAUUUGGUCUCCAUGGUUUUGUCACACCCAUUUUCAUCCUCUUCUAAAUCCUCGGCUUAAAGGUGUGUUCACUCACUGCAGGAAGAGAUAGUGGCGCCAGCAGGAGCCCAUUUUUAACAUGAAUUCAAAGCAUUUUUUGUGUCAGCAUAGAUUAGCUCAAGUCAAUGUGUCAGCUAACCAGACCACCAUAAUGACAGUAGUCAGGAAGGCUCUAAUGUAGUGUUGCGCACCAGACACAGACUUCCUCCCAAAAUAGCCUGGGGAUGAUGCCCUUUGUCCUGUGCAAAAGGGUCCUGCGCCCCCCUGGAGGAGCCUCCAACAUCUCUUUUGGCAAUGAUGAGGAAAAGCCCCCCAAUCGCAAAAACAAGAUGGCCUCCAACAUCUUCGCUGAACCAGAUGACCCACACGCUCAUCGGAGGAACAACCCACCUGGUGGGAAGCCCACCGGAGUGCUGUGUGGAGAGCCCUCAGCCCCACUGAGGAGAUGUGCUGCCCAAUCUUCCUCCAACAACCACGAGGACUCCAACGCCGGGACUGGAGACAAUGAUGUGGGAAAUGCUGAUAACGCUGUGGAGGUUGAGGUCAUUCCUGCCCCAGAGCAGAGGAAUGAGGCCUCCCAGCCCGCCGCUGGGAUGACAUCAGGCCGCAGGAACCCCCCAGGGGGAAAGUCCAGCCUCAUCCUCGGUUGAGGUUCCUCUCCUUCUCUUUCUCUCUUUCUCAGAACUCCGCUGUCCUUUUCUCUUUUUUAAAAGAAGAAUCUCCACCUGUUCAUCUGAGUCCAGGACUUUCGUCCCGUCCUCUUCCUCUCCUCCCUGAGUCAAUUGUUUUGAUACCCCCUCUUUUUUAAUUUUUGUAUGUUUUUUUUGACAGAAGCACUUUAUGUACCUGAUCCAAGCCCCUGGCAUAUGUAGUGCUGUAGUCACAGGCCCUCUGGCCAAAGGGCAUGAGGUUUAAGUUGUCCCUCACUCCAUCCGGUGUCAAUGGCAAAGUUCUGAUGUGCGUUCGAUAAGGUUUAAACAAAAAACAAAAAAAAUACUAAAAUGGAUUUAUAUGAAGUUGUUGCUUUUGCACCGUGUUCAUUGUCUGGUAAAAACUGCAUGCACGCCUGGUUUGUUCCAAGUCUGACUCAACCAAAACAUUUUGGUGAAGCCUUUUGUUUAAAAAAAUAAAAAUCUAUUAAAAAAGGAACUAAAAGUUUUACUGUGAACGUUUCAUUUUAAUUGAAGGUUAUGCUGGACUUUAUUGAGUCAUAUUAAUUAAUUGUUGGGGUACAUGAUCUAGUGUUGCAUGAAGUUUGGGACUUGAACAUUUCUAUGGAAACUAAAAUCCACACAGGGGAUCCAAACCGUUUACUCAAACCCCGGUGUCAUUAUUUCUGAAGACUAAAUUCAGUGAAUAUGUCCAGAAAAUGGGCUUUCUAAUGUCAUGAAAUGGAGAACAAGAUGACAUUUUAUUGUAUCUGAUUUUAUUUUAUUUAUUUAUUUUUUGGAAGGGAAACUUUCUCAACGGCUAAAGUGUAUGCCUGUUUGUGUGGUACUCAAUCUGAUAGAAUGACAAGUGACCUUAUGACAGCUCUGCCUAGUUCUCAUUUUACUUAUUUAUUUAUUUUAAUUCUCAAUGUUGGACAAUUUGGUACAUUAAGCAAAUUGCUCAGUUCUUGUUCAAACUUCUGUCAUGGUCUCUUACAGGUCUGAUGCCUAUUUUACUGUCUGCCUUGUACAGGGAAACCUGUGGUUCUGUGUAUUUAUACAUGCAUACAUAUAACACACAGGUCAAUUUUGUUCAAAUGUAAUUUGAAUGAAAUUGCACACAUGGCUUUAGUGAAUUCAUGUUAAAGUGCUGUUCUGCAGAUGUUGAACGGUCAGCUGGGCUACAUGACCGUUACUUGUUCAUCCAAUUUCAUGCAGGUUUGUUUAUCACUGUAAAAGUCGCAAUGAAUAUUGCCGCAAAUUAAAUGUCACUUUUGACCAUA